AUGCCUGUCGUUGCUGGUCCCCCCGCUCAAGCGGGCCCAGGGGGUGGUGCUCCCUCAACUUUUGACAAGAUGAAAAUGGGUUGCAUGAUGGGUUCCACUGUUGGUGGCAUCAUGGGCUUCAUCAUUGGAACCGUGACAAUCUUCCAGUAUGGCGCUGGGCCUAACGGUGUCAUGCGGACUCUGGGCAAGUACAUGCUGGGUUCAGGUGCCACUUUCGGUCUCUUCAUGUCCAUCGGUAGUGUCAUUCGCUCCGAAGGACCUCAGAACGAUGCCUGGCUCCGUGCUCGAGGACCCCCGAUGAUGCUCCCCCGACAGAGCCCGCUCCGGCCUAUGCGCCAGUAA